AUGGCGACAACUAACAGCCAUCCCGAAGUCGACAAGGACCGCAAAAAAGCAGAGAGGGCUGCCAAGCUGGAGGCAAAGAAAGCAAAGGCCGCCCUGAUGGCUGCAAACGCGGCCAACAAGGAGAAAAAGGCCAAGGAAAAAAAGACAGAGGAAGUUGUCCCCCCCUAUAUCGAAGAUACCCCCGCCGGGGACAAGAAACGCAUCCGAUCGUUCGACGACCCGAAUUUCAGGGCCUAUGAUCCGAUUGCCGUCGAGUCUGCCUGGUACGACUGGUGGCAGAAGGAGGGCUUCUUCAAGCCGGAAUUCACCCCAGAGGGCAAGGUCAAGGAAGCUGGCAGUUUCGUCAUCGUCCACCCUCCUCCAAAUGUUACGGGCUCCCUCCACAUGGGUCAUGCGCUCGGUGACUCGCUGCAGGAUCUCAUGAUUCGAUGGAAUCGGAUGAAUGGCAAGACGACUUUAUGGCUUCCAGGUUGCGAUCACGCCGGCAUAUCCACCCAAAGCGUCGUCGAAAAGAUGCUGUGGAGAAAAGAGAAGAAGACCAGGCACGAUCUUGGCAGAGAAAAGUUUGUAGAAACUGUCUGGGAAUGGAAGGAAGACUACCACAAGCGCAUCAACAAGGCACUUACGCAUAUGGGUGGAUCCUUUGACUGGAGCAGAGAGGCAUUCACAAUGGAUGCCAAUCUUUCCGCCGCUGUUGCCGAGACGUUCGUCCGGCUUCAUGAGGAAGGCAUCAUCUACCGAGCAAACAGGCUCGUCAACUGGUGCACGCACCUUAACACUGCCCUCUCCAACUUGGAGGUUGAUAACAAGGAGCUCACCGGGCGGACAUUGCUCGAUGUUCCAGGAUAUGAGAAAAAGGUUGAGUUUGGCGUCAUUGUUCACUUCAAGUAUCCUAUCGAGGGCUCGGAUGAGGCCGUCGAAGUCGCCACCACCCGUAUCGAGACGAUGCUGGGCGACACGGGAAUCGCUGUCCACCCCAGUGAUGCUCGGUACAAGCAUCUCGUCGGCAAAAACGCCGUUCACCCUUUUAUUCCAGGACGCAAACUGCCCAUCGUUGCCGACGAGUAUGUCGAUAUGGAAUUUGGGACUGGUGCUGUCAAGCUGACGCCUGCGCACGAUCCGAACGAUUUCAACCUGGGACAGAAGCACAAGCUGGAGUUUAUCAACAUUCUUACCGACGACGGUUUGAUGAAUGAGAAUGCCGGACCCUACAAGGGCCAGAAACGUUUUGAUGUCCGCUACUCCAUCCAGGACGCCCUCAAGGCAAAGGGUCUCUAUGUCGACAAGAAGGACAAUGCCAUGAAGGUCCCGUUGUGCGAAAAGUCCAAGGACAUAAUCGAGCCCCUGAUGAAACCACAGUGGUGGGUUCGCAUGAAGGAGCUUGCUGAGCCUGCCAUGCAGGUUGUCAGAGACGGCAAGAUCAAAAUCAGACCCGACACAGCCGAGAGGAGCUACUUUCGCUGGAUGGAAGAUAUCAACGACUGGUGCAUCAGUCGACAGCUUUGGUGGGGUCACCGUUGCCCCGUCUACUUUGCCAACGUUGAAGGCGUGGCCAAAGACACGGCAGAUGAGGCGCUCUGGUUCUCUGGCCGAACCCGCCAAGAGGCCGAGAAGAAGGCCGCCGCCGCUCUUCCGGGCAAGAAGUUUACGCUGGAGCAAGACGAAGACGUCCUCGACACCUGGUUCUCCUCUGGGCUCUGGCCUUUCAGCACUCUCGGUUGGCCAAAUCAGACCCACGACCUGGAGACUCUGUAUCCUACCAGCAUUCUUGAGACUGGCUGGGAUAUCUUGUUCUUCUGGAUUGCCCGCAUGAUUACCCUUGGUUUGAAGAUGACGGGCAAGGUCCCGUUCAGCGAAGUAUUCUGCCACAGUCUCGUUCGCGAUUCAGAAGGCAGGAAGAUGAGCAAGAGCUUGGGCAAUGUCAUUGACCCCCUCGACGUGAUAUCGGGUAUCAAGCUGGAGGAUCUUCACCAGAAGCUCUACCUGGGCAAUCUUCAUCCCAGCGAAGUCGAAAAGGCCACCAAGUACCAGAAGACUGCUUUCCCCGACGGCAUCCCUCAGUGCGGUGCUGAUGCUCUGCGUUUCACCAUGAUCAACGCCACAACGGGCGGCGGAGACAUCAACCUGGACGUCAAGGUCAUCCACGGAUAUCGAAAGUUUUGCAACAAAAUUUUCCAAGCUACCAAGUAUGUCCUGGGCAGCUUACCUGAGGGAUUUACUCCUGCCAGAGACGGCGUCAAUCGCGGCAAGACCUUGGCUGAGCGCUGGAUCCUGCAUAAAAUGAACAAUGCCGCCAGGGACCUCAACGUCGCUAUUGCGGACCGCGAGUUCCAAAAGUCCACCACCAUAAUCUACAAGUACUGGUACGCCGAGUUGUGCGACGUGUACAUUGAGAACUCGAAAGCCAUCAUCCGCGACGGCACCGAAGAAGAGCGUCAAUCUGCUCUGCAAACUCUGUACACGGCUCUGGAGUCGGCCUUGACCCUCAUCCACCCUUUCAUGCCAUACAUAACCGAGGAGAUGUGGCAGAGGAUGCCUCGACGUCCCGGCGACGAUACCAAGUCCAUCAUGAUAGCCAAGUAUCCGCAGUACAGCCCCGUCCUGGACGAUGCCGAGUCCGAGUCUGCUUACGAGCUCGUCCUAGCCUGCACAAAGGCUGCCAGAUCUCUCAUGUCCGAGUACUCGCUCAAGGAAGAUGCCCAAGUCAUCGUGCAAGCGUACAACGAGCCCACGUUGCAGACGUGCAACGCCGAAGUUGCGUCGAUCAAGUCCCUCAGCGGCAGGAGUGUCAGGACGAUGCACGUCAUCGGACCCGACGCUCCCCGUCCUGCUGGCAGUGUCGCCUACCCCGUUUCCACCGCCGUUGCCGUCUUCCUGCAUGUCAAGGGGCGCGUCGACAUGGAUGCGGAAAUUGCCAAGGCCCAGAAGAAGCUGGGCAAGGCUGCGGCGACGAUCCAGAAGCAGGAGAAGAUCCUGCUGGACCCCAGCUACAAGGAGAAGGUUUCGGCGGCUGUCCGCCGGCAAGACGAGCAGAAACUAGCCGAUGCGAAGCAGGAAGCGGCCAGUUUCGAAGAGACCAUCAAGCAGUUUGAGCAGCUCAAGCUGGAGUAA